AUGUCUGGAAAAAAUACCCAUACCGAACCUGAAUGGCUCACAAAGGACUAUGUGGGGGAUAAGUUAUGCAGAUAUUUUGAAGACGACUCUCUUCAGUUGAAGAAACUAGAGACUGAGCCGGCGACUGCCAAAGGAGAUAACUACGCCAGUGUAAUAACUCGCAUCAAUCUGGAGUACACCACAAAGUAUUCAAAGGACCCUCAGAGCGCCACUUUCCUACUAAAAACAACCUUUGCCGCCAAGGAUCCGGCGGCCAAUUUACUGGCCGGCUACGGGGUUUCCACCAGAGAAAUGGACAUGUACCAGCAGAUUCUGCCCCACCUGGCGAAAAUGGUGAGAAGCGAGCUCGGGGAUUCCCGGAAGAUGUUUGCAGCUACCGUCGAUGUAGAUCGCGAGCGGGACUCUAUCCUUUUUGAGGACCUGUCGCUGGAGGAUUACAAGGUCGCUUGCCGCCUAAAAAAACUGGACUUGAAGCAUACACAUCUGGUUCUGGAGAAACUGGCAGACUUCCAUGCAGCUGCAGCAGUUCUUGCCGAGCGAAAGCCCGGAAUCUUUGAGAAGAACUACGAUCGAGGUUUUUUUAAUAAACAUGUUCGAGGCUUUCAGCCAAUCUUCAGGAACCUUUUGCAGGCCCUAUCUCGCUCCUUAGAGUUGAAUUCAGAUUUAAAACAUCGUUAUCAGAGCAAGAUAGACCGCCUAGUAGAUAAUAUAAUGGAUUACGGCGACCGAUCGACGUCGACAAUUCCAGGAGAUUUCCUAACCCUAGCCCAUGGAGAUCUUUGGACAACAAAUGUGAUGUUUCAGUACGAUGAAAAGGGUCAUCCCUCCAACGCCGUCCUAAUUGAUUUUCAGUUCAGUGUGUGGAACUCUCCGGCCAUCGAUUUGCACUAUUUCUUCACCACUUCGAUUCAGGACAAUCUUCGCUGGAAACAUCAGACUGAAUUGGUCCAGUUUUAUUACUACCAGCUGGUGGAAGCCUUGAAGAAACUACAGUAUUCUCCUCAUAUUCCGAGUUUAUUUGAAUUUCAGCUGCAGUUUAGGGCCAGAUCCUUCUAUGCUGUUUUCUGCUCGCUAAUUUCCGAGCCCUGCAUGCUGUAUACCGGAACUGAGGAAGCGUCCAUUGCACAAGGAUUGUCCACAGCCGAGAGUGGAGUCCGGUUCAGAGAUUCUGUGUAUCAUGCUGAUCACAUCCGAGAAAAAAUGGUCCUCACUCUGCCGUUCCUUGAUCAGCAGGGAUUGCUGGACGAUAUGUAAUGUUUUCUUUGCUGGACGAUAUGUAAUGUUUUCUUUGCUCUUAUAAGUUAGCCUAACGUCUAGUUCAACAACAGUCGCUAUCCUAUGAUCGUGGUAGUACUUUUACACUGAUACUUUUUACUACUUUUACGCAGUCCAAAGCUCUAUCUUAAUAAAUGUUCUCGGA